CAUGGGUCCCUCUUUGUCUCCUCACCUCUCUCUCUUCCGCUUGCUUUAAUAUGCCACUACAACGCGACACCUAGCUCUCAUCCUCUUCUCUUCCCUUUCUCUCUUUUUUUUUUCUCUUCUCUUUACUUUCCAAAUUAGCCAUGUCCGCCGCCGUCGCAGCCGCUGCGGCCGCCGUAGUCAACCGUAAUCGUAGCUCAAACAGAAGCCACAGCAGCAGCACUACAAGCACCACCUCAUACAGCUCCAACAGCUUCGUUUCGCGAAGCAACUACUACAACAACCACCAACAGCAGCGGCGGCAGCAGCAACAGCGAUCGUCGGUUAGGCUUGGCCUGUACGAGUUGCAGAAACAAAAGGACUGGGAUACGUUCGAAGACUACCUGAAGAGCCACCAUCCGCCGCUCACGAUCUCCCAGUGCAGUGUAGCCCACGUUCUGGAAUUCCUCCGCUACCUCGAUCAGUUCGGCGAGACCAAGAUUCACGAUGACACGUGUUCUUUCUACGGCCAGAUUCAUCCGCCGGAGCCAUGUUCCUGCCCUUAUAAGGAGUUCUGGGGCAACCUCGACGCGCUCGUAGGAAGGCUUAGGGUAGCCUUCAUGGAGAGAGGGCACGCGGGGAUAAACCCGUUUGGUGCACGCGCCGUCGGAGUCUACAUUAGUGAGUUGAGGAGUACUCAGGCCAGAGCCAGAGGAAUAGGCUAGCUUAACAACAAAAGGAUUAUCAAUACGACGCCAUUUCUGUCAACGCCGGCACUCGGCGCAAAAGAUGUCGUUUACAAAUUUACGACAAUAUUAUUAUACUCAUAAUUAAGAAUAAUUAAAAUGGGUACUAACAAGAUCUUUAGAAAAUUUAAAUUGGGCAUUUUUUUUUUCCCAAUUGGUGGUCUAGUGAAUGAUAAGCACCAUACACCUGCCUUAAUUGUUAAGAUUAGCACUAUUUGGAUCUUUUAUUAAGCUUGAGUUAUGUGUUUGACUAUAACUCCUUGGCUAAAUUAGUAUUAGUAUAGCUCUUUUUUUAGUAAUGGAUUGAUUAGAGUUUGUUUGUGUUGCUUUUGAUGUAUAAAUGGAUUAUAUAUUUUAUUAUAUAUAUUUGAUUAGCUUAA